UCUGGCCGGGGAGGAGCCAGGUAGCAGCUACACUGACACGUAAGAAUCCUGCGUAAAAAUUUAAGGAAGAAGUUACAUCUUUUCUUUAAGUUGAAUGUCGAUACUGCCGCUUAGAGUCAGGCUUGAUGUAUAGUUGACCCGUCCCGGACCAGAGGCCUGUUUGGACGCUUUUGAAGCGACGCGGUGCUGUCAGACAGAGGAGCCGACGCACAAGAUGAGAUUUUCAGCGUUUAUUUCUGUCCUGCGGUCGGUCGGCCCGGUGGUAAUCGGUAUUUCUUUAGGAUUCACGUUGAGUUUAUUGAGUGUAAACUGGACGGAAGAAGCGUGUUACCGUGAAGGUAAGGAGGGUGAGGAUGUGACUGUUGGUCAGGAUGGACAGCUCAAAGGAGCCCGAAAGCCCAACUCCAUUUCGACUAUCAACGAUGUGGAGUCCGAAGAGGAUUUUGAACCGCGAAUAGUCCCAUAUAAACAAGUCCAACAGGGUGCCCCCAAGAAAGUUUUCAGAGCUAAAUACAUAAGCACAGAGUUGGGGAUACGAGAGCGUCUGUUCGUCGGGGUCCUGACAUCCAAAAACACCAUUAACACUCUGGGCGUAGCUGUCAAUCGCACCAUCAGCCAUCACCUGGACUCUGUGCUCUUCUUCACCGGCAUGCGCAACCGCAAAGUCCCUCACGGCAUGUUUGUUGUCUCUCAUGGAGAUGAGAGGCUGAUAUGGAACAUGUUUCAGAACAUCAAAUACAUCUUAGACCAUUACAUCAAUGAAUACGACUGGUUUUACUUUGUCCAAGAUGACGCCUACACAGAAGCUGACAGGAUCAGAGCCCUGGUGGAUCACCUGAGUAUGGAUCGAGAGCUUUACAUGGGCAAACCUGAGGAGUUCAUAGGUGGAGAAAUGGAAGGGAAGUACUGCUACGGAGGGUACGGGUACCUCUUGUCACGUACCUUGCUCCUCCGACUCCAGCCCUACCUGGAAAACUGCAGGAAUGACAUCCUGAGCGCGAGGCCUGACGAGUGGCUCGGAAGAUGCAUCAUUGAUUACACACACACAAACUGCGUCAGUGAAUUUCAGGGGCUUCAGUACCACUAUUAUGAGUUGGGAAAAAACUCUGAUCCGAGUAAAGAACAAAGUGAACAGUUCAAGAAAGCUCUGACCGUCCAUCCAGUGUCUGACCCUGAACAGAUGUACAGGCUGCACAGAUACUUCACUGAGCUUGAACUCCAGAAGACUUACGAUGAGAUUGCUAAACUGCAGGCAGAAAUAAAGAACGUGAGUGUGGUUGCUUUCGAGGGCAACAGAAGCGCACAGUGGCCCGUGGGGAUCAAUCCACCUUUUGAACCAAAAUCUCGGUUUGAAGUUCUGAAGUGGGAAUACUUCACGGAGGAGGAGAUUUAUUCAUGUAUCGAUGGCUCUCCAAAGUGUGAACUGCAAGGUAUUGACCGCAUGGAUGUGGCCGAUGUCAUUGACAUAGCCAUGGUAGAGCUGAACAAGAAGUAUAAGCCUGUCCUUCAACUGAAGAAGCAGCAGCUGAUUAACGGGUACAGACGCUUCGACCCCGUCAGGGGCAUGGAGUACACCUUGGACCUUCAGCUGGAGGUGGUGAACCAGAAAGGUCACAGCCGUUCCAUCACUAAGCGAGUUCAUCUGGUGCGACCUUUGAGUCGGACUGAAAUCAUCCCGAUGCCUUAUGUCACUGAAGCUACAAGGAUUCACAUCAUCAUACCUCUUACUCUGCAGGACCGGAGCUUUGUUGACCAUUUCCUACAAGUCUUUGCCUCAAAUGCUUUUGAGACCAGUGAAAAUGCCAUCCUCACAUUCUUGUUUAUUUAUGACCCAGUGGAGGCACAGCAAGUCAACCAGAAUGAUAUAUUUGCCAGCGUGAAGACUCAGAUAAACACUUAUGAACGUAAAUACCCUACAAUAAAAAUCCCAUGGAUAAGUGUUAAAACAGAAACACCAUCCCAGAUCAAAUUCAUGGACAUCAUCUCGAAGAAGCACCCAGUUGACUCGCUGUUCUUCCUGGCUAACGUCAACACACAUGUCAAUUCAGAAUUUCUGAACCGCUGCCGCAUGAAUUCCAUAAACAACUGGCAGGUGUUCUUCCCCCUCCAUUUCCAGGACUUCAAUCCUGACAUAGCUUAUCACAACCAGCCGCGUCCGGCCACAGUCGAUCUGAUCAAGGAUGCAGGCCAUUUUGACCGCAGGUCAUUUGAAGAAGCGUGUUUUUACAACUCGGACUACAUGGCGACACGCACGCGAAUGGUGGCAGACGUCCAAGAGAAUGAGGAGAUUUUAGAUACCCUGGACAUCUUCGACAUGUUCUUAAAGUAUUCAGGCCUGCACGUAUUCAGGGCAGUAGAGCCAGCGUUGCACCAGCAGUACAGCUACCAAGCCUGCAACCCACGUCUCAGUGAAGACAUCUAUCAUAGAUGUGUUCAGAGCAACUUGGAAGGUCUCGGUUCUUGUUCCCAGCUCGCCAUGCUCCUGUUUGAGCAAGAACAAGGAAACAGCACUUGAAACCAGCAGUGAACUUCUGCUCAUGUACUGUAUGUCUUUAAAUGGAUGUUAAAGGCUGUGUGUUUGUUGUAAUGGCCUCUUGAUGCGAGGCAGAACUUGGGACAAGGAUCGAGGAUUAUUUUCUUGUUGGAGGUUUUAGCUAGUUUGGAAAAUGAAUGCAGUACAUUCCCUAAUGAAACCUUUCCUUUUUAAUGUUUACAUUACUUGUCCAUACAGGUGAGUUGCCAGAACCAAAUGUUGUUGCUACAUGGACGAUUCUGAAAGCUGUGUUUAACAAUUGUUCACCACUAGGUGGCAAAACUCACCACAGGAGCACCUUGACGUGGUGCUGGCUCAUCCAGUUGUUAUGUUUAAGACCCAGUGGACACAAGGCCGCAUAGGUGACCCCUUGGAGUCACCUUUCUCUUCAUGUGUCCAGUGUAAUUCCAAUAUUCAGUGGGAUCCAAAUUACUAGCUGCAACGCUUUCACAUUUCUAGAAUGCCAUUUGAUUUAAAGGCACAAUGAGUAAGAUUUUGUUUCUUGUCGAAAAACAUAGCGAGCAGAGACCAGAUCGUAAGCACAGAUCCAAGAGGAAGCCACACAAAUGGUGUACACAGCGCUGAAAAAAAUGACAAUACAGCGAGUACAAAGUGGACAGAGCUCCUUCCCAAACAAGAGCGACUCUGGGGUUGGCUUUCAACUGCUGGCGAGCACCAGUAACCCUCGUUGAGCCGGGGAAGAGGGGCCGACUUUAAAUGUUGUGUUUACAAACCCUGCUCAUUGUGCCUUUUAAUGUUAAUAUCAAAGAUAUUGUGAAAUGGACCUUUAGUGUAUAGCUCUAAUGGAUAUACAUUAGUAUAUCGCACCACAGAUUGUGUGCCCCUUCACAUUGAAACAUUGAGCUUUUGAUAUAUACUGUUUUACAAAAGCGCAUCUUUCUUUACGUGCCUUGACACUGACUGUUUCAUUAUGCUGAAAUGAUCUUUGCUACACAGUUUUGCAGUUCAACUUCCAACACGAAUCAUAACUCUGAAUGGGUGGGAUAUAUUAUCUUUCACUGUGGAUAAAGUCUGUUCCAUAGCUGGCAGAAUUAAAUAGCUAGUCGGCGAACCUUACGUUUUUUAAAGGUGACUUGAAUCCACAGGUUGUAUACGUGCCUCAAAGCAGGGAAGGAGUCGGUAGAAAGUAUUUUCCGUUAGUCUUCAGAGGUCAUAGAUGAAGACUAGUGUAUUCCAGUAGGCCAGCAGUGUGUAUUUGAGUUAAAGUUUUCUCCAUGAACCCUUUUGAUGUUGCAAGAACAUUUUCAUUCAGGAGGCAAAGGAGAAUCAUGAAUAAUGGGGGGGAAAUAAAUCACCUUGGUAAAUGUCUGAAGUGAUUGCCCAGGUGAGUCCUCAUUGAAGUGGUACUUUAAAACAGGAUUUAAUUAGUUUAGAAAUGAUUAUUAAAUGAACAAUGUAUGGAACCUUUUUUCCACAUCAAGAAUAGCAGACUAUUUUUUAUACUCUUAAAGAAUAUGUUUAAAUGUUCCAAUGUAUUUUUUCUAAAUUAUUGAAUGAUGUCAUUGUCCUGCAUUUCCUGAGCUCAGUUUUAGAAAUGGUUCUAGAAAAGGCCUUUUCUCCAUUAUUGAGUGGUGGUUGUGGAGGUAGCGGUACUGGACACCAGAAAGUUAUUAGUAUAGUAUAAUGUGCAAUAUUAGAGAUUACACAACUGGCUAGAUGUCCGAUGGACUUUUCAUUUCAAAGACAUCUGCUGCGAGUACAGCUGUGUGUUUAUCACAUGACUGUUCAUAGCUUUACAUAAAGUAACGUGUGCUUUCUUUUCAAUGUAAGUAAAUACACUGUAAUUUCUUUUGACAAGACCUUUAAUGUAUUUUGCUGACACUAGACACUUUUCAUCAUCACAUUUGCUUUGAAAUGCAUACAAUUAAGGCAAGUCCUUUUUUAUUUAACUUUAAUUGGAUUCAAAGUAUUUGUUGGAAACACUACAUCCACAGUGGUGAUCCUCAACAGUGUUUGCUGUAUUUUCUGCCAUGUAAACAAAGACCAUAGAGGUCAUUUUAUAACGCAUCUCUUUCUUGACGAGAGCAGAAGAGUACGACACUAACAAUGUGCGGAAAUGGAAACCGAAUCUUCCAAAAAACCACUGUGAAAGAUGGAGGGCUUAGAUUACAAUAUGAAGUUAUUGUGGUGAUCUGCGUCGUCUCUGCCUUCUGUAGACGUGAGAAGCUUAAAAUUAAGCGAGCGUGGCAGAUUAAUCACCCUGUGCUGUUAACACCACCACCAUCGCUGAGCGAAGUCUCUGAGUAUUUUGUCCGUAACUUAUUUAUCAGUCUCUAUGAAUUAUGCAGAUUCUGAAUACUUCCGCACUAACAGAGGCUUCCACGGCAUUCUCUGUACAUGUAUAAAUAUUUUAUAGAUUCUAUUUUUAAGUCUUUAGUAGCUUCAUGUACACAGCAAAUGAUACUUUUAUUAUUUUUUGUGACAACAUUAAACAUCCUGUAUCUUCCUUUUGUAUUUUGUGCUUUGAAAAUCAUGUAAUUUGACCGUAAAGACAAUUUAAAAUGUGUGUAUUUCACUCUCACUUUCAAUCAAUUCAUUUCAAAGAGCAGGCAAAUACAUAGGCUCAUUUCUUUUUCAUUGAUGUUUGGACCUAUCGGUUUACAUAAUUUUAUGCAUAUGGGUACUAGUAUAACCAAAGCGAUACGUUUUAAUUAAUGCUCAUCACAUUUAAUUGUGUGCUUUAAUUCCCCAAUGAACUGUGAAUUAUUGUAAUUUUUAAAUAAAGAGUAUUUGAA